AUGCCCUUCAUAGGGAGCAUGUCACCGUUUACAGAAGAGAUCGAGCAAACAAGGCCAUCGCGGAAAUUCAGCCCGCCGUAUUUUAACUUGUUCAAAGGGAAUAAAGAUCUGGACAGACACUUGAUACACUACCGAAGCACCAUGAUCCUUUAUUGCAGCAAUGAAGCUCUCAUGUGCAAAAUCUUUUCCACAACGCUCCAAGAUGAGACGCAAGACUGUUUCUACACCCUGCCACCAUGUUUAAUCCAGAACUUCAGUGAGUUUUCCUUGGUUUUUACUAAGGAAUAUUCAUCCUACCACUCGAUCAAUAAGAAGUCUGACCACCUCUUCAACAUGAAGAAGGACCUAAAGGAGUCACUCCACACAUACGUCAAGAGGUUCAAGGCAGAGAACGCGAAGAUCGUCAGAUGCGAUGACAACAUAACAUUCUUAGCCUUCCGGAAUAGGCUCCCAAUAGAUCACCCAUUUUUCGGAGAAUUGAUCAUGGGCGAGAACUUGAGCCUAGCAGACUCUUAUGCUUUGGUAGAAAAGCACUCCCUUUGGGAUGAGGCCAAGCAAUCUCAGAAGUUACCUGAGCAGCUGCACAAAGACGUAGAGUCGACUCAGAAUAAGGCGGGCGAUAAACUACUCAAUAACAAGGACAAGCCAGGAAACAGGAACAAGUCGUGGUUCAAGAUGUCGCAGCCCAUGAAGGGAGACACAUCCAAGAUGAACUAA